CAAAGGUAGUUUUCAGCUACAAAUCUGUGUUGAUCUUUAUUUUCUCUAUCGAUAAAAGGGGUGCCUUUAUCUGGUAAGCAGUAGCAAUGAGGACAAAUUAAAUCUGAAAAUUAUUUUUCAAAACUGACAACAGCUAUGUGUCAAACCUACAAUGUAUUCAUGCCACAAUAGUAAGAGGUAGAGAAAAAGAGCCUUACCUUGUCAUUACGACACAACAGACAGAUAUAGUGACAAACCAACGUGUUUUUGGCUUACUACAUGUGUAUCCCCGUUUUUGCCUACAAAAACACUUUCACUUGUCACUCACUGACUAUUAUUGCAUCAUGAUAUUCUGUUGUAAAAUAUACACUACCGUUCAAAAAUUCGGGGUCACAGAAAGGUCCUUAUUUUUGAAAGAAAAGCAGUUGUUUUUCAUUGAAGAUAUCAUUAAAUUAAUGUGAUAAAUGAGUAUUCUAACUGGAAAAGGCAGAUUUUUAAUGGAAUGUCUACAUAGGGGUAUAGAGGCCCAUUUCCAGCAACCAUCACUCCUGUGUUCUAAUGGUGCAUUGUGUUAGCUAAUGGUGUUGAAAGGCUAAUUGAUGAGUAUAAAACCCUUGUGCAAUUAUGUUAGCACAUGAAUAGAAUGUGAAUUUUUAUGGCAAACAUGAAAUUGUCUGGGUGACCCCAAACUUUUGAACGGUAGUGUAGAUCAAGUUGUUUUUGUUUGUUUUUUCUUUUACAAAUAAAACUAACGUAAGCUCCAAGUGAACAUCUCCAAGUGAACACCUUAAACUAUCAAAUCCAGAUUAAUGCAUGCAGCCUCCUUAAAAAUAGAUUGUAAUCCACCACAGUCACAGCAAAGUCAACAACAUUGGCAGAUCAAGUAGCAGUAGUUGGGUGUUGUGCAUUACAAUGAAAUGCACUAUAUGUAUUUAUGUAGGAAUUUUAGUCUACAGAUGGAUAUUUUGAUUAAGCUGCUCAGGUGGACAAUUGGGGACAGGUGGACAAGGCUGAACUUAAGGGAUUUGCGGUGACUGAGGAUGACAGAUCACAGAAGAAGCAUACUGGACUACAUCUUCCACUGGUGUGCAAUGGCUCCUGAGUUGAGCAGUCUCAGCUUCAGAUUCUCAUAAUGCAUCCACAAGUCUCAGGAAACGCUGGGGUGGUUUGAGCUCUACAUUGCUGCAGCAGGGAUGAUUAGAUCCCAUAUAAACGGUUAUGUGCAAGAGGCCUCAGGCCAGUCCAAGAACCACUGGGAGAGGGCUGUGGAUUGUUCAGGAGAGGAAAGUAGAUUUGUCAAAUCUCCACACUGCUUUGCCCAAAUGGAGAGGAUCCAGCAUUACCAGGAGGAGCUGAGGAAGAGGAGAGAAGAGGACAGCAGGGGGAAGCAUGACAUCAACCCCAACGCUUCUCUGAGGCUUAAGAAGUUGUCGCAGAACCCAAAAGUGGGCAUUGACAAUCCUACCUUCGAGGGGAAGGAAAAGUCCAUCAAAGACGCAUGCUCCCUGGAUCGUGUAGUUGGCGUCUAUGCCCCCUUUUCAGAUUUGGAGGAGUUGUUGCAGGCUCUGAAGUGGGUGCAACUCUGCUUGGCUGAUGCUCAGAGCCAGCAAGAUGUGGAGCUGAUUAUGCAGCUUCUUACCAAGGAGGACUUCAGGAAUGCCUACACAAUCUACAGCAUUGUGUCUCAGCAGAUGAGCAGAGUCAGUCCCACCUCAUCCCUCACAGCACAAGCACAGGACCUCUGCCAGGAAGUACAGAAGAUUCUUCAGUCCAGCCAGCACAAGGAAGGUUUGGAGCUUAAAGCACUGCUCACCAAUCCUCAUCUUCAGGCUCUGAUGCAGGCCCAUGACAGUGUGGCAGUACAGGAAACGGCAGAGGAAAAUGUGACUCAGUACCUCGGAGAGACAGUUAAAUUAGUGCGACUGGACAAGACCAGAGACACCCCACUGGGUGCAACUGUACGUAAUGACAUGGACAGCGUGGUGGUGAGUCGUGUGGUGAAAGGCGGAGCAGCAGAGCGGAGUGGCCUCCUCAGUGAAGGAGAUGAGAUAUUGGAGAUCAACGGGAUUUCGAUUCGUGGAAAACAUAUCAAUGAAGUCCAUGACUUGCUGCAACAAAUGCAGGGCACUCUGACCUUCCUUCUCAUCCCAAGUUCUCAGAUUAAACCAGCCCCGUACAGACAGACUGUGAUGCAUGUACGAGCUUACUUUGACUACGACCCAUCUGAUGACCCCUUUGUGCCAUGUCGAGAGCUAGGCCUGUCCUUCCAGAAGGGAGACAUACUCCAUGUCAUCAGCCAGGAUGACCCCAACUGGUGGCAGGCCUACAGGGAUGGAGAUGAGGACAACCAGCCCCUAGCAGGACUCAUUCCAGGUAAAAGCUUCCAGCAGCAAAGAGAGACCUUAAAGAAAACUUUAACAGACAGAAGUCGAGAGCAGCAAGGGAAGCAUUGGUAUGCAAAGAAGAGCAAGAAACAAAGGAAGAAGAGCACAUCAAACUUGAACAAAAGUACUGACUAUGAUGACAUCCUGACCUAUGAGGAGAUGUCCCUUUACCACCAGCCUGCCAAUCGCAAACGCCCCAUAGCUCUGAUUGGCCCAACAAACAGUGGUCACGAUGAGCUGCGUCGGAGGCUUCUGUCCUUUGAACCAGAGAAGUUUGCUGUUGCUGUUCCACACACAACCAGAAACCCAAGGACACAUGAGUGGAAUGGGCGUGAAUAUCAUUUUGUAAGUCGUCCUGCCUUUGAAACCGACUUGGCGGCUACAAAAUUCAUUGAAUCUGGGGAGUAUGGGAAGAACUUGUACGGCACAAGCACAGACUCUGUACGACACGUCAUCAACUCUGGACGCAUCUGUUUGCUUUGCCUACACACAAGGUCACUGCAGGUGUUGAGGUCGUCCAACCUCAAGCCAUAUGUCAUCUUCAUUGCUCCGGCUUCUCAGGAACAACUACGCACCCUGCUGGCCACAUAUGGAAAAUCACCAAAGCCAGAGGAGCUGAAGGAGGUCAUUGAAAAGGCUCGUGAAAUGGAGCACAAUUUUGGUCACUUCUUUGAUGCAGCAAUUGUGAACACGGAUCCAGACCAGGCUUUUCAAGAGCUACGCAGGGUGAUAGAUAAACUGGACACUGAGCCACAGUGGGUGCCCACCUCCUGGCUAUGCUAGACGUCAUUGAGUCUCGGCACCAGGGGUUUCAGAAACGGGUCAACUGAAGAGCAAAACUCGAUGUUCCAAGAGACUGAAAAAUGGACAGUGGUAAAUCGUCACUGGAUUUUCACUUGCACAUUUUCCUCGUUUGUAGAGGAGUCGAUCAUUACUCAUGUGGAAAUGGACUCGUUUCUUUUUUUUUUUUUGUUGGUGUGUGUCUUUGUGGGUGAUUUUUGUUGUUUUGAUUCCUGAAUAUCUUUAUGUCAGCUUUAUGCAAAAUAUUUGAUCACGCAAAUAGAAAUAUUUCUACUCUGUUCUUAAUAGUUAUUUAUAAUUGUAAAUAUAUAUUUCCUAGAUGAAAUGAUGCAAUAAUUUAUUGUUACAUUUUGAGUGUGAUACCUAAAAUGGCACACUCAACUCAGUGUUAAUAUUACAGUUUUUAAUGGCUUCCUGAGAUAAGGUUUCAAGCCAAAACCACAUUAUGUACCGAACGGAGGAGAAACGCCUGUAAGCGCCUAAAUGGAUGCAGCAUUGUCUUCCAUGCAGGAAUACAGGAAAGAAAUCUGCUGUAAUCUGCAGUUUUCAGGUAUUUCCUUCCCACCAACAUCAGAGUUAUAUGUUGCGUCUCAUUUUAUGCUGUGAUUACAAACCCAUUGCUGGCUGGUUAUCACUACUAUCAGUAUGUAAUGCUGCAAAGUACUGCUGAGCUUGUUUGAACAAUGCAUCAUAUCACUUCGUGUAGUCCAACAAAUACUGUAUUGUUUCUUUGCAAAGUAUUUUAAAAUCCAGGACAAUUUUGUUAAUAAAAUCAAGCAAAAAAGUGA